GUGUCAUAUCCGACAGAUGAGAUUCCAGACCGGGGACGUUACGAAAAUGAUAUUACAAAUCUAAAGUAGAAAUGAUUUAUUAAUAAUUGUUCACACUUCAGCGUAUUGAUUUAUUUUAUUAUACUAGUUUAUCUUUAAAUCUUCUUAAAAAACAUACAAGUAAGUCAUGACGUAAUUCAGAGGGGAAGCCUCUUGUGAAAUAUUAAAAUAUCUUUCGAGAUGAGCCCGCAUCAUACCUAGCCUCUGCUUGAAUCACGUGACAUUCAUUGAAUUUCCUGUGUGAAUCGAGGCGGGCGGCGGCCCGGUUGACAUGGUUUGAACAUUGAAUGAUAAUUUUGCACUUUUAGACGAUUGUGCCAUCGUGAAGUUAUUUUUCUUGAAAUUCCUUGUUUUAUAGGGAUUUAUUUUAACGUUUGAUACACGGGAGACAGCUGAAUAAUCAGUUUCCACACUUUCUGAAGUCGUGUGGAUCAUUUGCAAAAUUUCAAAAUGGCGGAGGAUCCGUACGCUGGUGUUAGCGCUCAGGAGCUGAAGUAUCUUGCUGUUGAUAGGAAUCGUAUAAAUGAUCCUAUGGUCCAAGCAGAAUGGGCAGCCAAAAGAUUAAUUUGGGUUCCUCACGAAGUCCAUGGCUUCUGCGCUGCCAGUGUCGUGUCGGAAAGGGGUGAUGAUUUGGAAGUUCAACUUGAGGAAACUGGAAAACAUGUGAAGGUCCAUCGGGAUGACUGUCAGAAAAUGAACCCCCCUAAGUUUUCGAAAGUUGAGGAUAUGGCUGAAUUGACAUGUCUCAACGAAGCAUCUGUCCUUCAUAACUUGAAAGAUCGAUACUAUUCGGGUCUAAUAUACACAUAUUCCGGUUUGUUUUGUGUGGUAGUGAACCCUUACAAAAGACUUCCAAUCUACACAGAAAAAGUGAUCGACUUAUACAAAGGAAAAAAGCGACAUGAAGUUCCGCCCCACGUUUUUGCCAUUACAGAUGCAGCAUACCGCAGCAUGUUACAAGAUCGUGAAGACCAGUCUAUUCUUUGCACAGGAGAAUCUGGAGCCGGAAAGACAGAAAAUACCAAGAAAGUCAUACAGUACUUGGCUCACGUCGCAGCCUCAAAUAGGACAUCGGGCCAACGUUCAUCUGUGUCCAAUCUCCACAUCCCGCCAAACACAGAUCGUCAAAGUGCUCUUACACUGGGAGGUAAUGUGUUUGUACAGGGUGAAUUAGAAAACCAGUUACUCCAGGCUAACCCCAUCUUAGAAGCAUUUGGAAAUGCAAAGACUAUCAAGAACGACAAUUCUUCCAGAUUUGGAAAAUUCAUCAGAAUCAACUUUGACUCCUCAGGCUACAUAUCUGGAGCUAACAUAGAAACAUAUCUUCUGGAGAAAUCUCGAGCCAUCAGGCAGGCUGAACAGGAAAGAUGUUUCCAUAUCUUCUAUCAGUUCAUGUACGGAGCCACACCUCACCAGAGAAAGGAAUUUUUAUUGGAGGACAUAGGCAAUUACCGCUUUCUGACUCACGGCAGUGUACCGGUCAGUGGAGUGGACGACACUGGCGAGUUCCGCCAGACAGUGGAGGCUCUCACCAUCAUGGGCAUUUCAGCCGAGGAUCAGUCUGCCAUCAUGAGAGUGAUUUCUUCAGUGUUGCUGUUCGGUAACAUGGUAUUCAAACAAGAAAGGAGCUCCGACCAGGCUACUCUCCCUGAUGAUACAGUUGCCCAGAAAGCUUGUCACCUCCUUGGUUUGUCGGUGACAUCGGUCAUACAGGCGUUCCUCCGCCCCAGGAUCAAAGUGGGUCGUGAUUAUGUAACUAAGGCCCAGACUAAGGAACAGGUGGAGUUUGCCGUGGAGGCCCUGUCCAAGGCCUGCUAUGAGAAGAUGUUCAAGUGGCUUGUUGUCAGGAUCAACCGUUCCCUAGAUAGGACAAAGAGGCAGGGUGCCUCCUUCAUCGGCAUCCUAGAUAUUGCUGGUUUUGAAAUUUUCAAGAUGAACUCCUUCGAGCAGUUGUGCAUCAACUACACAAAUGAGAAGCUACAGCAACUCUUCAACCACACCAUGUUCAUUUUAGAGCAGGAAGAAUAUCAGAAGGAGGGCAUUGAAUGGAAGUUUAUUGACUUUGGACUUGACCUACAGCCCACCAUCGACCUCCUCGAGAAGCCCAUGGGUAUAUACGCCCUUGUUGACGAGGAGUGCUUCUUCCCUAAAGCCACAGACAAGACCUUCAUUGAUAAGGUUGUCAAUCAACAUUCCUCCCACCCCAAGUUCCAGAAACCUGACUUCAGAGCAGACGCAGACUUCAGUCUCAUCCAUUAUGCUGGAAAGGUCGACUACUCUGCUAGCAUGUGGCUGAUGAAGAAUAUGGACCCCUUGAAUGAGAAUGUGGUGUCCCUGCUGCAGACCUCCUCAGAUCCCUUCGUGGCAGCCAUCUGGAAGGACGCUGAGAUUGUUGGUAUGGGAGCUGCAUCAACUGGCGAUACCAUGUUUGGAUCUCGAACACGAAAGGGCAUGUUCAGGACAGUGAGCCAACUGUACAAAGAACAGCUUGCCAAACUGAUGGCCACUCUACGCAACACUAAUCCCAACUUCGUAAGAUGUAUCAUUCCAAACCAUGAGAAAAAGGCUGGGAAAAUUGACUCGCCUCUGGUCCUGGAGCAGUUGAGGUGUAAUGGUGUAUUGGAAGGAAUCCGAAUCUGCCGACAGGGCUUCCCCAACAGAAUCUUAUUCCAGGAAUUCCGACAGCGGUAUGAGAUCUUGUGUCCCCAGAGUAUCCCUAAAGGAUUCAUGGAUGGCAAAAAAGCAGUUGAAAAAAUGAUUAAUGCACUUGAGUUGGAUCCUAAUCUGUAUAGAGUUGGACAGAGCAAGAUCUUCUUCAGGGCAGGAGUGCUGGCACACUUAGAGGAAGAAAGAGAUCUGAAACUCACUGAUAUUAUCAUUCAGUUCCAGGCCUUAUGUCGAGGCUUGAUUGCAAGAAGAAACUACCAGAGAAGGUUGCAGCAGCUAAGUGCAAUUCGUGUCAUACAGAGAAACUGUGCUUCCUACCUCAAACUGAGAAACUGGGCUUGGUGGAGACUCUUUACAAAGGUGAAACCAUUGUUGCCAGUUGCUGGACAGGAAGAAAAGCUUACAUUGAAAGAAGAUGAACUCAAGAAAGCUAAAGAAAGUAUGGAUCGUCAAAAGAGCGAUAUAGAGGAACUGGAGAGAAAGUAUGCUCAAAUUAUAGAAGAAAAAUCCAUUUUGGCAGAACAGUUGCAAGCUGAAACAGAAAUAUGUGCAGAGGCUGAAGAGUCCAAAGCCAGGAUGCUGGCAAAGAAAGAGGAGUUGGAGGAGAUCCUCCAUGAUGUGGAGAUCAGGAUAGAAGAGGAGGAGGAUCGUUGUAAUGCCCUCAUGGAGGAACGCAAAAAAUUCCAGCAAACUGUUACAGACCUGGAGGAACAACUGGAAGAGGAGGAACAGUCUAGACAAAAAUUACAACUAGAGAAAGUAUCUGCUGAUUCAAAAAUGAAGAAGUAUGAGGAGGAACUUGCAUUACAAGAGGAUACAAACCAUAAACUGCUCAAAGAAAAGCGGGCCAUGGAAGAACGAAUGAGUGAAGUCACAUCACAUCUAGUGGAGGAAGAGGAAAAGGCCAAACAGCUUGGCAAACUCAAGAACAAGUAUGAGUCUAUUAUCUCAGACUUGGAAGAGCGCCUCAGAAAAGAAACACAGGCAAGACAGGAACUAGAAAAAAUCAGGCGCCGUUUAGAAAGUGAGCUGAACGAUUUAAGGGAACAGCUUACAGAGAAACGUCAACAAGUAGAAGAUUUACAGGCACAGCUUUCAAAGCGUGAAGAAGAGGUGCAAUCAUCACUGAAGAAGGUGGAUGAAGAAGGUGUAAUGAAAUCACAAGCCAUGAAACAGUCACGUGAAAUACAGAACCAGUUACAGGAAGUCACAGAGGACUUGGAGACAGAGAAGGAUGCCAGAAUGAAGGCAGAGAAACAGAAGCGUGACUUGAGUGAGGAAUUGGAGGCUUUGAAAUCUGAACUGGAAGAUUCCUUGGAUGCAACAGCUGCAGUCCAGGAUCUGAGAAACAAGAGGGAAGAUGAACUCAAAGAUUUAAAAAAUAUGUUGAGCGAUAGUAAGAAAGGUGCAGAAGAUCAAAUACAUGCAAUGCGGCACAAGCAUUCAGCUCAAAUACAGGCACUUAAUGAAGAAAUCGAAAAUGUUAAAAAGAGCAAGGCAUCCCUAGAAAAACAGAGACAGACCCUGGAAGCAGAGAAUACUGACUUGGCAGGAGAUCUCAAACAAGUUCAGAUGGCUAAACAAGAGUCCGAACGAAAGCGUAAGCAGGUGGAAGGUCAGUUUCAAGAGGUCACAAUACGUUUACAAGAGUCUGACAGAGGCCGUGUAGACAAUAGUGAUAAAGUCACCAAACUUUCGAAUGAACUGGAUCAGGUCAGCACACAGCUUGAACAGGCAGACACAAAGACUGUUCAGUUGAGCCAAAAAGUAGCCUCAUUAGAAGCCCAACUUGCUGAUUCACAGGAUACUUUACAAGAGGAAACGAAGAGCAAACUGCAGGUACAGUCAAAGCUUCGACAGAUGGACGACGAGAAGGAGGGCCUGUUAGACCGUAUAGAGGAGGAGCAGGAAUCCAAAAAAACAGUAGAGAAACAGAUCAGCGAGUUGCAGGCUAAGAUGAUGGAGUUGAAAAAGAAGAAUGAAGAAGAGAUCCAGAAGCUGGAAGCAAAUGAAGAGCUGAGGAAGAAAUCAUCCAGGGAUGCAUUGGAGGAUCAGAAGAAGGAGGCUGACCUCAUUAUAGAACGGCAUGAGAAAUCUCGCAAGAAGUUACAGGCAGAGGUAGAAGACAUGACAGUAGAGUUAGAUAAUCAGAGAUCUGCUUAUACCCAUCUGGAGAAGAAGCAAAAGAAGUUUGAUGCACUUCUCAACGAGGAAAAAAGUGUUUCAGAAAAAUUAUCAUUGGAGAAAGACCUUCUGGAGAGAGAAAGCCGGGAAAAGGAGACAAAGAUCAUGAACUUACAGAGAGAACUAGAUGAAUUACAUGAGUCCUUUGAGAAGGCUGAUAGGAGUCGACUUCUCCAACAGAGGGAACUGGAGGAUCUCAUGUCAUCCAAGGAUGAUGUCGGCAAAAAUGUACAUGAGUUGGAAAAGGCUAAGCGAACUCUGGAAGCCCAGGUGGAGGAACAGCGACUCCAGAUAGAGGAAUUGGAGGAUGAGCUCCAGACUACAGAGGAUGCCAAACUCAGACUGGAGGUGAACAUGCAGGCCAUGAGAACCCAGUUUGAACGUGACCAUCAAGCUAAGGAAGAUACUGUUGAAGAGCAAAAGAAGUUACUUCUCAAACAGUUGCGCGAGAUGGAGGCUGAACUUGAGGAUGAGCGUAAGCAGCGUGCAAUGGCUGUGAAUGCCCGGAAGAAGUUAGAAAAUGACAUCAAGGACCUGGAGCAGCAAGAAGAAAUGGCCAACAAGGUGAAGGAGGAUGCUGUCAAGCAGCUCAAGCGCACUCAAGCAGUCAUGAAGGACAAUUUGCGCGAGCUUGAUGAAGCACGACUGGCCCGAGAAGAUGCUGCUGCCACUCUUAAAGAAAAUGAGAAGAAGUUUAAAAACCUGGAGGCAGAAGUCAUCAGACUGCAAGAAGAGCUGUCUUCUUCUGAGAGGUCUCGCAGGAACGCUGAGGCUGAGCGAGAUGAACUCCAGGAUGAAAUCGCUAGCAACACAACUGGAAAGUCUUCGUUGUUGGAUGAGAAGCGGCGACUUGAGGCACGUUUGCAGCAGGUAGAGGAUGAGUUAGAGGAUGAGCAGACAAAUGGUGAAAUGCUUGUCGACAAAGCCCGCAAGGCACAGAUGCAGGCUGAGCAGUACCAAGCAGACUUGGCGUCCGAGAAAUCAGUCACCCAAAAAUUGGAGAACCAGCGAGCAUCCCUGGAGAGGCAGAACAAGGACCUAAGAGAGAAACUACAGGACUUGGAGAACACUGUACGCACUCGUACCAAGGCAACCAUUACCACUCUAGAGGGCAAGGUCUCUAACCUUGAGGAACAACUCGACAGUGAAACAAAGGACCGAUCCAAUCUGCAACGUACUGUGCGUCGAUUGGAAAAGAAACUAAAAGAGAUGGUCUUACAGGCUGAGGAUGAGCGACGCCAUGCAGACCAAUUCAAAGAACAGAAUGACAAGAUGAACAACCGUGUACGAGCUCUGAAGCGACAAUUAGACGAAGCAGAGGAGGAGAUUACCAGGAUGAAUGCAGCCAAACGCAAGCUUCAGCGUGACCUUGAUGAACAAAUGGAACAAAGUGAAGCAACAGCUAGAGAAAUAUCUCAGCUGAAGAAAUAUAGAUCGGGGGAGAAAGCCUCUAAUUGAUGAUCUGACACCUGUUUGGUCAGACAGACCAAGUGCUAGAGUGUCAUCUGCCCGUUCCAUGUUAUCCUCCAUACGGUCCGGAGCCGGAGAUUUGGAUGAUGAUGAUGACGACAAUGUUGACUCCGCAAAACAAAACUCUGAUGCUUAAACACAUACCAGAACAUUUAUCAUUGACUAGACGAUCUGUCCUAUGCCCAGUGUAUCUCCCACACAUACUUCAUAUAAACACAUAUACAUUGGAUUCCUUUUUUCUACAAAAGAUGUGUAUAUCAUGCCUAUAUAAUUUCUAUAAAGAAAACAAAUUAAGUUUAUUGUAUCAUUACCACUGUUAUUAUGUUUUUUUUACACUAUGAUUUAUACCAGGACCCCAUUAGUCGUUUACCUUGUUUUAUACACCGUAUAAAAUUGUUUUGUUACACAUGUGUGAGUUUUCUCACAAAAUCAUUACUGGAUGUUUUAAGAAAAUAUGACACAUUAUCAUAUCACCAAACUGGGACCUGAAAUACUGGACCAUACCUUGACCUUUGAUCUUCCUGCUGGCCAGUGUCAGUUCUGAUGUGUGAACUUCGACAUAGCAUGGCGUUACCAAUUUCCAACCAAGCUUGGCGUUGUGUUGUUUCCAACCAAGAUUGACAUGUCAUUUCUGGCAUAGGGUCAUUGUGUCAUUUCCGACCAAGCUUGGGUGUUGUGUUGCUUCCAACAGCUUUAUAUUGCAUCAUAAUUCUGACUAAGCUCUGGAUAUGUUGGAAAGAUCAACUUAAAAGUGCUGAAAAGUUUCACCUGUGAUGCGAGAUGGUCAGAAUUUUCUGUGCAUGCCCCAUUUUGCCAGUAUUUUAUAUUGGUUUUGCUUUCCUACCUGUCGCUAUUAUAAACAAAUGAUAUACAUUAUAUGUCUUUUACAAUAGUUAUGAUUGUAUUAAUGUGCUCUAUUUAAUUAAAUUGUGCUAUUCUUAUUGUCUCGUAUGCUUAGCUUUUAUAGUGGAAAUUAACGAAUUAACGAACAAGAGCGUGCGAGAGUAAAAAUACAUUGUUGGAGGGUUGACUGUCGAAAUUGGACAUAAAUAUCUGUAAAUAUUUGAAUGAAAAUAUUGAAAAACAAAUAAUUAAAUGGUGGUAUUGGUUAAUAAUUAGCCAAGAAAGUAUGAAUAUAGAAUUUAUAUCAGUUUAAUGUUUGUGUUGUAAAGAUGUGAUCACUGAAACUGUAUAGUAUGCACAAGGAAACGGUGAUUACGCAUGUAAAUAGCCAUGUCGUCCAACACACUGUCAACAUUACCCAUUCCACCACCAUCUUGUCAGUUUCGUUCACCAUCACAUCACUGACAUAUGGCAACAAACUAUUCUUUCACUCUUUAUUUAAUUUUGAAAUAAAAGAAUUUUUUUUAAAGAAAAUAUCUGCCAAAUGGAUUUUUUUUUUCUUUUUUUUUUUCACACUGGCAGAUUUGUUAAAAUGUUCCAAUACAAUAUAAUUCAUAUAGAAAUUACAUUCAGUACAAAUAUUAAUUCCAUAAUUGAUGGACUCUGUGAUCGCUAGGUAGCAAUGAAGGGCCUUACAGAUGUAAUGUCAGUAGUAGAUACAAAGCAGAACUUGUGUACUGUUAGCCAUGUCGUAGGGGUAAUCUGACUAUACCCACGUAGUUAUAGUACUUAAUACAUGUAUGUAGGAUCGAGAUCUCAACACAACUGGUCACCACGGUCAUUCUUAGUGCCUGUACAGCUAAAACGAUAAGUCUGUGUCCGUGAUAUUUGGUCAUAGAUCUAGUUAGCGUAGACCUCUGGAAAUUGAUAACUGUUGAAGUAAAAAUAUAAUGCUGAAUUGUUCAUGUUCUACUAAUAACAGGAAAAAAACAUGUUAAAAACAUGGUGAUAUGCAAUACUUUUUUGUGGGAACAAAUGGUAUAUUUUCUGGAGAAUUUAUUGUGUGAUGAUCUACAUGUAUAUGUACUGGAUGAUAAGUGUAUACAAUUUGCUGCUUAUAGCUAGCUAAAUAUUAAGAUAUAUUAUUAUUAUUAUUAACGGUGAUAGCUUUUUGCUAAAUGGACAUCUUGAAUAAAUAAAACUAAUAACAUUA